AUGCACAAUGUCAGGCGCGUCCGUCAGUCUCCGGCUGCCAUCCAGGCAAACAAGGAGCGAGAGAGAUCAAAGAUUGUUGAUUAUCUUGCGCUCACAAACGACGUGAUCUCCCGCAAGAAUAACAAGGACUGGAGCAGGGACGCAUUCGAUGCGACUCAGAAAUUGCUUGAGAAGAAUCCAGAAUUCUACACUAUCUGGAACUACCGUCGAAACAUCAUGCUAAACGGAAUCUUCCCUGAUAGUACCUCCGAACAGUUAAACAAUAUCCUUGCCAGCGAGUUGAUGUUGACAACUACAGCGCUCAAAGACCAUCCUAAAGUAUAUUGGCUGUGGAAUCAUCGUCAUUGGUGUCUCCAGAACAUACCUGACGGGCCUAUCGUUAAGAGAAACCAACUUGCUGUGGUAGACAAGAUGCUCAAUGCAGAUCCACGAAACUUUAUGGCGUGGAACUAUCGUAGAUAUGUUCUAGCGAGUAUGCCGAUUCAGCGGCCUGAAACGGCGGAACUGGCGUACACUACCCGUAAAAUCAGCUCUAGUUUCUCGAACUUUAGUGCCUGGCAUCAGCGCUCUAAGAUUUAUACAUCUCUGUGGCGCUCAGGUCAGCUGGACCCUGUCAAGUCGCGAGACGAAGAGCUCGAACUGAUACACAACGCGAUAUACACGGAUCCGGACGACCAGAGUGCAUGGAUAUACCACAGGUGGCUAAUGGGGUCAGGUACAGCGAAUUCAUCUGCCCGAUUUAAUGCGGACAACUUAGCGCAGCCCAUAGGAGAGAACGAAAAACAACUUCUACGAGAGAUAAUGGUCAUCGAAGAACUGCUGGACGAACAGCCUGACAGUAAAUGGUGCAUGGAUUCCCUAGUGUAUUACAACAGAUUGCUUUUGCAAAAGCAUCGUCCCCACAGCACGGAACUCAGGGGAAAAUGCCUCGUAUUGCUUCAACAACUGGAAGACAUCGAUCCCCCUCGACGGUACAGAUACUGGGAGACAGGGAUACAGCCGAAGAGAUUCGAAGGAUCCAGCCUCAUGAGGUCACCGAAUGUGUAUGAACACCUCCUUAUCUGCCUUCUCUAA